UCCCUUUUGUCCAUGUUAGUCACUCCCCAUAGUCCUCUGCUGUCUACUUCCAUCAUUUUCCUCCUCUUUUCCCCCACAAACCCUCAUCUCCUUCAACAGAAAUACAUACAAAAAAAAAAAUUCAAAUAAAAUCCAUUCUAAAUUCAAGAAUUUAGGUUAGAAGUUACAGAUCAUCAGAUCUCAAGUAUGGCGAAGCCUCCUCAUCCUCCUCAUCAUCAUCCUCAUCAUCACAAACCCCCGAGUGGGCGCACAAAUUUAGCUUCGUGCAUCGUGGCCACCAUUUUCCUCAUCUUCCUCCUCAUCGUCGUCUUCAUUGUCUACUUCACCGUCUUCAAGCCCAAGGACCCCACCAUAACCGUCAACGCCAUCCAGCUCCCCACCUUCUCCACCGCCAAUUCCACCGUCAAUUUCACCUUCUCCCAAUACGUCUCCGUCCAGAACCCUAACCGCGCCGUCUUCACCCACUACGACAGCUCCCUUCUGCUCCUCUACUCCGGCACCCAGGUCGGCUUCAUGUUCAUCCCCGCCGGAAAGAUCCGCGCCGGCAAGACCCAGUACAUGGCCGCCACGUUUUCCGUUCAGUCGUUCCCGCUUUCCGCUGCUGGGCAGCCGCUCACCGUUGGCCCCACGGUUACUGAUGGGCUCAGCGGGUUCCGGGUCGGGCCUGAGUUGGAGAUCGAGUCGAGAUUGGAAAUGGCGGGUCGGGUCCGGAUGCUCCACUUUUUUACCCACCACGUCGAGGCUAAAGCAGAUUGUAGAGUGUCUGUUUCUGUAAGUGAUGGAACUGUAAUGGGUUUUCACUGUUAGUUAUUUUGUUUUAACUGUUUUCUUUUCUUUUCUUUUUUUAAAUUAAUUUAUCACUUACUCCCACUAUAUAUUCUUUUUUUUAGUUGAACCCCAAGAUUCCUCUGAAGAAAUUGUAAAAAAUUUAAUUUAUUUAAAUUUAAAUGUAAAAA